CUUAUACCACUGAGCCAACAGCGUACCACUGGGCCUGUUUCAUUGUAUUCUGCUGUAUCUUGCACUGAAAGUAGAGUUAAUAGCCAGAAUGGAGAACCACCAUGCUUCAGAGAUGAACGGAGUAGUUGCUGAGUAUCUGAACAUGUGCAUUGAGUCUAAACAUAAUGAUUUAUGCAAAAAGGAGAAGGACUCCAAGGACUCUGCAGAUGCAGACAGGCUGUGUAACAUUGAGAAAGCUUAUAGCACCGUACUGAGUGAGCUUGGAGAGGACGUCGACCGGGAGGGACUUCUACGCACACCACUACGUGCAGCCAAAGCCAUGCAGUUCCUAACCAAAGGCUACAAAGAAACAACCCAAGAUAUCUUGAACGAUGCAAUCUUUGAUGAAAACCAUGAUGAGAUGGUGAUUGUGAAGGACAUUGAUUUGUUCUCUCUCUGUGAACAUCACCUGGUGCCCUUCUUUGGCAAGGCUCAUAUAGCAUACCUCCCAAACAAGAAAGUGGUUGGCCUUAGCAAGCUUGCAAGAAUUGUUGAGAUCUACAGCAGGAGACUUCAAGUUCAGGAACGUCUAACCAAACAGAUUGCUUCAGCCAUCUCUGAGGCGUUGGAGCCUGCUGGAGUAGCAGUGGUGAUUGAGGCUGUCCACAUGUGCAUGGUAAUGAGAGGUGUGCAGAAGAUGAACGCCAGUACUGUUACAAGUGUCAUGCUGGGAAGCUUUCAUGAUGAUCCCAAGACCAGGAAGGAGUUUCUUGCCCUCACAAUGAGGAAGUGAACAGGAAGUUUUUACCUCAACAAACAGAUCAAUAGAGGGAGUUGUACAGUGUUUUAACCACUUGCAUGUUUUUUCUCCAUGUGUAUCUAUCAGUUGUAUUUUUAGUAAACCGCUGUUGUUGAUGGUGUCCUGCUCUGUGAGGCAGCUGAAAUAUACAAAAAUCACUUGAAUGUGAAAUUAAUACUUGAAGGUAAUAUUUAAUUAAUGUAGUGGCUACGAGGGGAUGUUAUGAGAAUAAAGAUGAAGCUGACUUUUA